GAGGAGGCCGCCGGGGUGAUGACAGUCGCCAGUAGAAGCCGCUGCACACCACUAGACUCCUCGACCUCUCGGGUGGACCUUCAACUACUCUCUCAAGGACCGAGAAAGAGGAUCUAACCAGGCCAUGAAAUAAGUCGACCAACAUGGAAUGUUCGCCGCCGUUACCUGCACCUCAAGGAAGAAGAGGAGGAGGCAGUGUGGAGCCAUGUCAGCUGGAUGCGGGAUUUUACAUCAUAGAUGAGACUAAGGAGAUGGCCCAGGCAGUUAUAAAGCCAUUUAUAGCGGAAGUUGAUGCUCACGAGAAAGGCAAUCUGGACUGGGUUCGUGACAUCGUCGAGGGCAACCCUACUGACGAGAGAAUCAUCAACUGUACAAAGGAUGAAAAAGAUCCUUCUAAUCCGGUGGAUAAAAAAUAUCCUUUUUAUCUGGUGGAGAAUAAAGUACAGAAGGGCGGAGUGGAGGAAUAUAUUCACUACCUGGCCAUUCCUAAAGGUUACAAGGAUAUCAGGAGUCUACGACACUUGAGGACGGAACACAUUGAGCUUUUGGAGGCAAUCCUUGAGGACUCCAAGAAAAAGUUUAAGGAGUUUGGCAUCCCGGGCGAGAAGCUGCACAUCUACAUCAAGUACCCGCCGGCAGACUGGUUCCUCCACGUCCACUUCCACGCAAUAUAUCUCACUCCAGAAGAGACCAAGAUUGCUAGAGAGAAGAUUGAUGAAAAGUAUAAGAAGGAUGAAGAGUCUUCUUCCACUUCCCAAGAUGCUGGGACAGCUGGCGCCUCUUCCUCUGCUGCUGGAACCAAGUCUCCAUUUCAAGUGUACACAAACAUAAUGAUAGGCAAGGCUCACCCCCUGGUCACUGUCAUCAGUAACCUGAAGAUGGAUGAGAAGCUGAAGAUGGAUGAGACAUUGCCCGAGGAAAUUAAAUUGAAGCGCAAUUACUAUGAAGACGUUACCCUGCCCGUGAGCAUGAAGAAGCACUGCUUGAGUCUAGGAUGCUUCUAUGACCAUUAUGCAGAGUUGAACAAACUUGAAGCUAAACAAGAAUAUGUGGAUACCGUCGUCCUAUUCGCGAAGACCGAAGGUGGAGAAGAAAAAAUAAAGAAAGUCGGAAAUGAUAAAUCUAUCAUUGUAGAUAUCAUCAAAGAUGAAAUUAAAUAUAAUAUUACCAAGGAAGAAAUAGUUGGUGAACCAACUUUGCAAGAGGAUAAUACAAUUAAAAUCAAAUUGAAAACUGGUCUAAAGAAAUUUUAUCUGAUGAAGGCAGCAAGGAGUGUGACAUCACACUCCUCCACCGUCGGGAAGAAGGAGUGUGAUUAUGGCGUGUCCGAGUUCCUCCCGGAAGGCUCCAAGAAACUCAUGAAAGAACUGUGCGAACUGAGAGACGACGGAAACAACAAAAUUAAACAAUUGUAUUCAUGUAAUGGGAUAAUAAAGGUGCUUUUGGCAGGCGACACAAACAAGCAGGCAAUUACUACAGAGGCGCAACUUGAGGAAUUUAAAAGCAAAUACAUCAAAUUUCCCAGUACUUAACACUGUCUCACACUUGCCAGUACUUAACACUGUCUCAUACUUGCCAGUACUUAACACUGUCUCACACUUGCCAGUACUUAACACUGUCUCACACUUGCCAGUACUUAACACUGUCUCACACUUGCCAGUACUUAACACUGUCU